AGUCAUGCGUUUUUAAUUUUAAAUAUAUCAGUUGGAUUUGAAGCACUUCUACAUAUAUUGAAAGGUUUCGUAGAUUUUUCGUGUUUUUGAUACAUGGUGACCCUAAAGACAAAUCGCUAUCUUGGCCGGUUUAACAAUACACGUUUUUGUCUCUAUACGGGGAAAAUUACUCGUACGUUGCUGUGCCAGCGCAGCUUGUUGUUUUUGCAUAAAUAGUGAGUAUGCGGUUUGUAAAUAGAGCAAGAUGGCCGCUCUUCUCAAAGUACAGUUUUCUGUAAUAAAGUGAGAGCGUUACCAGAUAGAUAUAUAGAUACUUUAAAGAGGAGAAAAACAAAUAAUUCCAAUUAGAAUUUGAUAGUUAAUCAAGAUUUUCAUUGAAUAAAUAGAAAGGAGUUGUAUAAAAACAGCAAUCUUCGAUUAGAGAUCACUAUGCUCACAGGCUCAUGUAUUUACAUUUACACAUACAUAUGUACAUAUGAGUAUAGAAAUGUAAUUUUAUAUAAAAGAGCAGGUUCUGCGAAAGUUCGUUAUCGAUGUGCACUUGAACCUUUUUAAGUAGAAUUUUCCUUCUCAUUAUCACAUAGUAUGUACUUACAUCCAUACAGAAAGUUUCAAGCACGUUAUAUUAUAUAACAAGAGCGCACGGGCGCUGAGGUUCUAAGCCACCGGUAACCCAACAACUUUAUCAGCAACGGAAUGAAACUGAAUAGGACUCCAAAAACGGUUUUAAUAAAAUACUAUACUAUCGUAAUAACGGUAACUUUAGUAAAUAUAAAAGUUCAUAUAUGUAUGUAAAUAUGUACAUAAAAAGUAUUCAUUGAAAAUAUAUUGCUAUUAAAUGGAUGGCAGCACCAAGACUCCACUGCUAGUCGCCAACUUCCACCAGUCGGACAAACAACAACAAAAAUAUUCGAGUACUAUGAACAACCGGGUAUACCCACAAAUAUAUAUACUUAAACAUAUCUUACGAUUAUGUACAUACAAACACACAUAUGUACGUAUGUAUGUAGAUUUGUAUGUGAAACCCGGUGAUUGUCGUUUGCCGCUACUAAAUGCCAACACUGCUGAGGCUAGCUAAUCCCACCAGCAACAACGUGAAGAGGGUAACAAAUAUCAACCAUAACAAGUUGGGGUCUGCUCCAACAAGCUCACCGAUUUCUUUUUACAAUCGGCGAAACACGUACGCCGAAAUCAAAUGUUCUGUCUCAUUCUCAUGUGCGCUCGUGUGCCUCAUAUUGAUAGGCAGUGUGGUGGGGUUAUGGGGAGCAGGCGCAACUAUACAUUCAUACAUAUGCAGGCAUAGAUCGAAUUCAUUAUACACAGCGGUUAUUGCGAGUGGCGAGUUCAGUUGAAAUGUGGCCUCGAGCGUAUAUAAAAUACAAAUGCAUACUUAUAGUACAUUUAUAUAUGUAUAUAUAUGUGUGUGUAUGUGUAUUGAUAAAUGGCUGAGGGAAUGUAGCGCCGUUGGAGACGAAAUUUAUACACAAGUUGCUUUUGAACAUGCGAAAAGCUAAUGGGAGAGUGAACGAACGAAUAUCCAUUCGGUGGGUAUGAACGAGAAAUGUGGGUAUGUUUGUUUGUGUGUAUAUUUUUACACAUGCAUGUAGAUAAGAAAUGAACAUAUUAAAAUAGUGUGUGCUAAAUGCUUCAAGUAUUAAUGUUAAGCGCAUAAAUUACCAACAAUGUGGAUUCGGCACACAUGCGGCAAUAGAAAAGCGAAAAAGGUGCCUAAUGCAAAAUAAAAGGUUUUCAAAGGAAAAUAUAAUCAUGAAUAAUUAAAGUAUUUGUUUUUUUUUUCAUUAUGUACCUUUACACACAUAUGUACAUAUGUAUGUAUGUACUUAGUUCUAUUGACAGCGCUGUAUAUAAGUAUAAGUGCAUAAUUACAACACAAAUGCAUCAAGUAGUAGGCACUUAAAAUUUUCCAAAAUAAAAAUCGCUUUGCGACUUUCAAGGCAUUGACGCAAGCGAGCAUGUAAGUAUAUUAACGGGCCCAUUUCACUGGAGACGGUCUAUUGCGGUUUCGCGGGGGUGUCGUUACUAUGGCUGUGUGGCAAAAUAAAGCACAAUACAACAAAUACACCAUAAUUUUCGGCAUAUUGCAAAUGCUUGCAAUAAAUUUUUCAAAAGGAAUUUUACAAUUUUUGCACACAAGCUACUCGUUGUGAAUUUUUUCCGCACAGUCAGGCAACAAACACCUGUUUCCCGCCUUAAUUAAGCAGCAUCAGACGUACGUUGCGUUUCGUUCAUUUAAGAUUUAUAUUAGCCGUGGCGUCGUGCGCUUUGAACCACUACUACUUUGGCACUCAGAAGCCAGAAAAUUUCACGGUCCUCAACUGAAAGUGUUUUGUGUGUUUAUGGACGACAGCGACAAUGCCGAACUCGCACUUGUUGUUAUGGGAGCAAUAUUGCUGCGGAGCGACCAUCUAAGUGACAGAGAGUGGCGGGAAUCUAUACUACACCAAUGCACAAUAAUAGAGACAGGCCAUCUCCGAUUUCGUUGUCUGUCUGCCCGACUGCCUGCUGCCUGCGUGCGCGUCAAUUUAAGUCAAUUCAAAAGACUAAAAACACAAAAGUCCUAUUGACAAUGCUACGUUCUCAAACUCAUCGCUAGAGUGCUCCAGCCAGAGCAGGCUGAACAAAGGUUUGAUUCUCCUGCGGCCUCUUGACAUCUCAAUCCAGAAAGUACUCACCGAAAAAAAAACUGUUUUUAUUUAGAUAAAAUAAAGUGGUGAGCGAAGGUGCAAGCGAUUUUUUUAUUAUUACUUUCACAGUUAAAAUCAAAACAGAGAAAAAUCUCAAAUAUGCUUAUGAGCGUAAUUAUGUACAUAUGUACAAGAGUGUAAGCGUUAUGAAUGGGUUACACACAAGUGUACAUAUACAUAUACGUACUAAAAUAAGCGCAAAAAUAACUAAAAAAAUAAAUAAUAGUAUUUAUCUGCAGACAUUAUUUUAUGCAAAUAUUUGAGCAUACAUACAUACAUACAUACUUUGUCAAAAUUUUAUUUUUAUGGAAUAAUCCAAACUUGUUGAAAUAGAACUAGGCCACUGUUUGUCGGCAGAAAACAUUUCCAAAAUAAUUUUGAGGAAUGCUGUCGAGCUGACAGUCCUUGGCCGGAUAAAAAUCCGGGUUCGUUACAUAGCUUGCACUGCCGUAGUUACUACAAUAGAUCCCUCAAUUGAAGUUGUUUGAAUAAUCAGGGGGCGUGGGUGUUUUUGCCAACGCUUCCGUGGAACCGGUACAUCCAUAUCGAAUAUUGAUACUGGAACGCUAACUACAAUAUUUAGUAUUAAUAACGGCAAUUUUUCAUAUUUUUAUAUUUUGAUUUUAUGCAGAAUUUCGGAAAUUUAAGGUAAACUUUUCAGUUUUAUACCACUGUGCGUCUAGCUAUUUACAGACUAGCUAACUAUACGCUAGAUUUUUCACUUCUACAACAAAACUCAUUACUGUGUAUCAAUGUAUUUUAAUACCCACCUACCACAUAACAGAUAGCGCAUACCUAUUUAAGGCUCUGUGGUACUCUUUGUGCUCUAGCCAGAGAUAAUAAAUACUAAGGAAUACAAAUGCAACAACACUAAAACAAAUUCUUAUGAAGAGAAUGGACACGAGAUUUUCUAUUGAAACUCUGCAAGAAAGUUAACCAAUUAUUUUGACAAUGACAUAUACAGUUAUUUUGUGCAUGUGUAAGUAUAUACGAGUACAUAUGUAUGUAUACUUCGCUCCGUAUUCAUACAUCUCCCUCGGAGUAUGCUACGAGUAAAAGAAAAAAAUAAGUGAAAGCAACAAUGCCGAAGUCGAAGAGCAAAAUACAUCAGCCAAUAAAGCAAAUCAUGACCGAAACUCACCCUAUCAACUAGAUAAAUGCAAUUACUACCUACAAAUAUAACAAAACUGUGCAGGUAAAGUCACUCAGUCACGCUCUGCGCGCUCCUUGUUGCUCUACAAGACAGUUACUUACGUGCAUACCUACGUCUUCGACGACAUCAACUGAUAGAAAUACGCGCAUAUUCAACUCAGUAUAUAUACAUAAGUUUUUGAGCAUCUGUUUUGAAAAGCGGCAAUAUAGAGAUUAUUUGUACUAUUAGAGAAAAUAUCGAGCGGGGAGUUAUACAAGAAUCUAGACGUUUUACCAAUCUCAUUCGAAACAUUGCUGACGCCACGAGUGAUCAUGCAAUCAUUGACCAUUAAACACAAAUUUACUUGACAAACGAACGUGCUGAUGUCAGCUGAUAAUGAUGACAUCGUUUGUGGCACUGUGAGAAACGUAAAUAGUUGAGCCAAUCACUAAGCAAAUGCAAUGACAUUUCAGAAAGUAAGUGCAUAGUUAAUGCGGUAUAGAAAUACUGCCACAUAUAUUUAUAUGCUUUUCGUAGCUAGUCCUGCAGUUUUUGAGAUAUCGAUCUGAAACUUUGCACACCUCUUGUUUUUCUCCGAGAAGCUGCUUAUUUGUGGGAACAUCCGACAGUGGAUUACUUUAGCAUAUAGCUGGUAUACAAACAGAUCGAUGAAAAUGAAGUUCUUGUAUCGAAUUUUUUAUUUGAUAGGAUAUAAAUAUAACAUAUUGUAGCAUCGGCAGUAGUGACUUGCUGGAAAUUAUAUUUAAGCCGUCUCCGUGGGAUCUUUGAAUUUUCCUUGUAUUGGAGCUUCGGAAGUAGUGAACUCCUGAAAAUUACCGCCACCGUAGAGCCUUUGAAUUUUCUAAUUAUUUUUCUACUCAGGGGAAAAAACAAAGUAAAUUUCUAUCAAAAUUGUGCUUUUAGAUAUGUACUGUCCUAUGUACUACUAUAAAUACACAUAGUUAGUAAAAAAGUUUAUAAAAAAGUUUUUUUUUUUGUAACAUACUGUAAAAUUCAACUCUGCAGAUUACGAACGAGACACAAAGCAUAAAUGAAAAGGGCGCUGUCAACAAUUGUUGUCAUCCUCUGACACACCAAACCGAAUGCAAUGCAAAACAGAAAACAAAAAACAUAUAAUUCUGAUAGAGUGCGAGUCCAGAAAAGUUUGAACUCGGAUGGUUUCAAUUAAAUAUUAAUUUAUUUUAAUUAAUAGAAAACAGAUAUGAGUUGAGUGUGUGUGUGUGUGCGUUAAAAAAAUAUUAAAAGCGCUAAAUUUUGUGUGCAAGUGAAUUAAGUGAUAAAGGCAGAGUAUCAAAAUUGAAUUCCUACACGAAAUUUAAUUGACUACUUUAGAUGUCAGCAAAACGCUCUGCAGUGUAAUCUUUUAAAUCGCCACGUCAACCAGCUGUGAAUAUGGUGAAAAUUCUGCAGGCCUAUAAUUUUGCCAAGCAACAUACAUACUCUCUGAAUGGCGACAUUCUAUCCGCCUCAUUGAUAGAUUCCAGUCGCAUUGCUGUGAGCAGCGCCGAGCAAUUUAUCGAAAUUUAUGAUAUCGGUGGUAAGCAGCGACGCAAUGAAUUGAAUGGCAUCGAUUUGAAUGCAAUUACCACGGCCAGUGAGUAUGCCGCUGCUGAGGCCGAAGCGGCGGCGGCUGCAGCCCAAGCUGCCGCGGACGAACGACUACCCACGAAGUAUACUCUCGCAACGGUGGGUGAGGUGGUGCACUUGAUCUACUGUGAAGCAGGCAAAUAUUUACUCACAUUGGAAAAAGAGACACUUGGUACUCCAGUACAAAGUGGCACCACUGGCAUUAGCUGCACCAGCAGUAGUAAUAAUACCGUUAUUUGUCCGGAGGAUGAUACCAAAAUGUUUGUACGCAUUUAUGCCAAUUUUUGGAAAUUUUCCGAAGCAAAAUUGAUCGACCUACCUAUUACAAUACGCAUCGCCUCUAUGACCACACCCAAGGCACCACUAGUGGAGAGCAUCGAUGUGAUUGAGUUACCUUUGCGUAGCCCGCCCGACCUCAUACAAUGCUGUCAGACAUCUGGCAACAUUAUAGUGAGCAGCAAGGAGCGCAUCUACCUAUACGAGUACACACAGUGCACACACGAGACUACGCAGCCGCGGUUCUCCUACAUUGACUUUCUACCGUUUAAAUUUUUUGUAAAUCUAAAUUUCGUGCCACUGCGUUUGUGUCUUGCCGAGAAUGUCAUAGCUGCUAUGAAUAAUCGCUACUGUGUCGCCUUCAAAGUAGUCGAUGUGGUGGGCAGCAGCGCAGCUGGUGGCGUACAUUGCAGCCCAUUAGAUAAUGACUACGUCGGUGGCGGCGGUGGUGGUGGUGUCUGUUUGGAGGAUGUGGCUGACGUAGAUGUCGACGAGGCUAUAUCUAGCACGGAAUCGAGUCUAAUGAGCAAAGCAAGCGCCGGUCCCUCGAGCCACAACAGCUUUGAAACAGAUUCGUUGGAAACGACAUCAAGUGGUCGACCGAUGGGUGUGGCCGGAUUUCCAGGACGCACACCAAUCGAUUUCAAUGUGGCGCGCAUAGUGAACUCGGCUUGUGGACGUGAAUUCGAAGUGGAUUUAAAAUCUCAAUGGGAGUUGGGCGAUGCUAUAAGUAUUGGUGGUGGUGGCGGCGGUAUGGGCACGACAUCGAUUGCUAGCGGUGGUGGUUGUGUGAAUGAUACACAAGAGAUAAUAAUUAUGCCGGCGCGCGCUAACGAUAUUAAAAUUAAGCUGGUUAAUGAAGCGAAAGCUAUGAAUGUACAGCGUGUCUCCAGCCAUGGCAACAUGACGUACGCCUACAACGAGGACACCAGUGUUCAAUAUGAUGUGCGUAAAUUGCUGCAGAUCUGUAUGAAGUCUUCGGAACCGAAUGGACGCAUUGUGGAUAUUUUGCGUUGCAUGGAUCUAAAAGCGAUUUACCAACGCAAUCCACACGAGGAUGAUUUAGCGGAUUCCGAAUACGAUAUGGGCAAUCAGCAGGUGCCUGGUGCGGUGACCACUACCAAACACGCCAAUCGGCGUACACUCAAAUCCGAAAAGCAUCAGAGUUGCGUUGGUUAUGCUUUGUUGGUGGCAAGCAGUGUCGACGGUUAUCUCUAUCAGUUUUGUGCACAAGGUAAAUGGUAUAGUGAGAAUGAGAAGCCUAUCGCCACAUACUCUUUCACCGCGCCCGUUUUAAGAGUGCACAUCAACGAUUAUGUCAUCUAUGCAAUUACCACAGAGUCAGUCGAGACACACACGUCACGCAUUGGUCAUAAACUCUACAAUAAUCGCUUUGAAUAUCCCACACUGGGUGGGCUUUUCCCCGAGGAAUCCAGCCCCGAUGUCAAUUCGGCCAUUGCUGUUAUCGGUCUCUGCGCCUUCAUGCAUGUGCAAUAUGUCUGCGUGAAUCGCAACAAUUUAGUGCUCAUUACAAAUAGUGCACUGGCCAAUAACAACAGUGAAGCUAAUAAAAGACGUAGCGGUGGUGGCGUUGGUAACGCGAGUGGACGAAAUAUUGCUGCGCGCAUACUAGCCGAGGCUAAAGUGAAGAAUUUGCUACGCAGCAGCAGCAACAAUGCGGCACAACAAACACAGCUCAAUGAAUGGACGCUCUAUAAUUUGGAGGUGCCACCGGUGGAGCAUGUGAUUGAGGAUUUGGAGGCAAUUGCAGAAUCGUAUCGUGCGGCCAGCAGCACAAACUUUUACGAUUUAAUGGAGGAGGCACACGUCAUGCUACGAUUGAGUCUAUCGCUACAAUGCGAGCAAUUGGCCGAGGAGCGUGAACAACAGCUGCGCUGCAAGUUUGUGGAGAAUUGUCGCAAAUUGGCAGACUUUUCAAUACGUUCGCGCAAGAAAGAGGUGUACCUGCAGGCCACUGGGUUUUACAAAAUGUGUAAUCUACAACUUGCCGAUAUCUACAGCAAUUACAUUAACUCUUAUGUGCAGCCUGCAUACAUAGAGCAACAACAACUUCCAUUUGGCAACUGCAGCAAUUCACCAGUAAUUGAUGAGACGCAAUUGAUCGGUCUAAUUUAUACUGUGAAAAUGUUCCUACUCGGCUUAGGCACUGAUCGUCUAUUGGCCGCAUUUCUUAAUCAGUUGGUGAAACCAUUUUUCACACCGAAUCGUGUUAUAGAACAAGGCUAUCCACAAGUGCCUUUGUCAUUGGAAUUUCUCAAUAUGUUUAUCAAAUAUUCGCCCGUGGACAUACCACAAAUCAUGCUGCAUUCGCCAGUGGUGGCCGAUGCAAUAAGUGGAGAGUUGGUCAAUUACCUAAAAUAUCUCGACAAGCUCAAUCCCGACGAAAACUUACUGCUCGCUGUAACAGCAUGUCGCAUGUCCAACUAUCUGCUCGCACAGGAAGUAGUCGCACGUCUGAGUCGUCGUGAAUUGGCCGUGGCACUGAUCAAGCAUAAGAAUGUGCUCUUCGAUGAUGGCACCGUGCUCUUUCAACGACGCGGUUCACAGCAUUAUGACUCCUUUAAAUAUCGUAAUGCAUCCACUGCUACGACAAACGCUGCGCAACAACUACACAAAUCUGCAAGCGCAACACAAGCGGCGCGUCGUCAACACAAGCGUAAACCAUCAUUUGGACAAGCGCCUGCGGCAAGCGUUCUGCUCGGACCAACGCAUACUGCUCAUGGUGUGAUUUCUUUCUCAGAUUUUACUGAAACCAUUUUGUUGGCCACAGAGAACACGGACUUGAUUGAGGCUAUCAGCGAUGUAUUCAUACAUGCGCUUUGCAUUGAGCAUAGUAUUACAUUGGAAAUCAUUUUACAACUCUUUCUUAACUAUAUCGCCUCGCAUAUCGGUCACAAGGGCUAUCAGACCUCGCAGAAGGUGUUUGUGAAUAUUUUGCAGGUCUAUUAUUAUGACUUUUUCGACGUUAAUCCCAUGCACAAUCCACAUGACAUGCCCUCGCACUCGCCUCCGCACAUGGUUGGCGGCGAUGAAUACGAGGAAACUUCGUCGAAAGCGCCCUCAUUGAAUAGUGAACGCGACAACGAAUCGAUUGUUAAUUCAUUGCCUGAAUCCAAUUCAGGCGCUAGCUCAUCCAUGGACGAACGUAGCUAUUCGCAUCCUACAAAUCGUAAUCGCAUUGUCUACGAUCAACUGCAUGAGCACAACUCGCCAUAUAAACGCAACAUAACACUCUCACCCAUACAAUUGGACAUGAAUGAACAGCAGACGCCAUCACAAGCUGGCAGCGAUGCUGAAACGAAUCUAAAAGGUCUCAAAAUACUAUUCCGCAUGUACAUGGGUCGCCUGAAGUCGCUGAGCGAUCUUAUAACUGAUUUACAGCCAGCCGAUGUUGAGCAACAGCCCGUUAAUGAGGAUUUUGUUAGCUUACGUAUGGAGUGUAUUAAGUUCAUGAUACGGCAUUUGCAAGAAUUGCGCGCACAACAACAACAACAGCAGCAACAGCAAAAUAAUUUAUUGCGCCAAAACGCGUGUACACAGUAUUACUACACAAAAUCAGCUAGCUACAGCGCUGCGCAGCCCACUGGUGUGCCAGAGGAGCGUAAGAUCAUUUAUGUGCCAUUCAUACCGGACUACAAAUUGAGUGGCGAACACUUUGAACAACAUAUAAAAACAUAUUUACGACCAAUACCCUGUUUGUUAGAUCGUCCACAAUAUUUGAAUCGUUUGCCGCCAUUUAGGCGUGAUGACUUUAGUUUUCCCAAUCGCGACGAGGGCGAGUGCGAGGUGCAUUUCCUAGGUUGGCAUAACGAGCUGUUAACGUUAACGCUGAAGAUACAGUCACUCUUGGCAUCCACAAAAAUCGAUCGCGAGAUUAUUGAAGAGUUUAUAGCAUUCAUACAAAAAACACCGGAUUUAAUUGGUAUCGACAGUUUUUUGGUUAUUGUUUUACCGAAACAUUUAGCCAUUAACUACAUGCUGAACUUCUGUCCCGAAUAUAUGUGGCAGUAUGGCAAGUCAAACGGCUUUACGCCCAAGCAUUGGGAGUCACUGCUGAAGAAAAUCCUAAGUAAACAACACUUGGUGCCUAACUGGAAGGCGCAUAUAACCGAGAUUCUUAACAAUCUGGUGGCUGAAUUGUCAUUCGAAGAACUACUGCAAUGCUUUCCCAGUGAAGCGAUCAAACACCUGAAAACCGAAGCAUACCUAAAAGAAUUCAACGAUAAUCGUAUCAAUUAUGUCAAUGACAAAUUGACAUUCCAAGAGUUAGAUAAGCCAACACAAAACUUGUGCGACAACGAAACUGUGCUGACACGCGAUCAUCUGCCAAUGGACAACAUCGAUGAGAAUAAUGUGUUUGAACUUACAUUACGUAAAGCGGUUUCGAAACAGCGCAGCAUUGCAUUGCGUUCCAUGAUCGAAUCGACGGGCACACAGCUAUUCGAUGCAACUAGUAACCCCAUGUAUAACCUUUGAGAUAAUCAUUACACUUAGAAUAGACGGCAACAAGAUGGCAAGCAAAAACGCAUAUAAUUGUUUAAAUGCGUUCGCGGCAGCGAAAAACUUCGCCAAGUACAUAGUACUAUGUGUAUGCAUACAAUUAACAACAACAAAAUUAUAUGAAUAUUAUUAAUGAACAUAUAGUUUAGUGUAUAGACGCAAAAGCGUAUAACAAAUGUUGUAUAUUGAGAGGCAUAAACAAUUUACGCUAUAAAUGAAGUUAUUUACAUACAUAUGUAUAUGCACACACACAUACUUCUAGUAUACCUGCAAUAUUACGGAAAUGAUUGUAUUUAUUAUGUUAUAGUAGGCAAGCCAUAAACACACACACACAUACAUUGUUUUAAGAUUAAGAGUAGAAAAUAGUGCGUUUAUUAUUACUUCUUCUUUUUUGUUUUGUUUGUUUUUAAGUUUAGAAAGAGGCACAAGCCAUUUCGGCUUGUUAUACGUUAUACGUAACUGAGCUGUAGUGGAAAUAAGGAAAAUACACAUUAACGGCACGAAUUCCAUAGUGCAAUUUUGCAUUUUUUCACAGUUAAAAUUUCCAAAUUUUAUAAAAAAAUGUGCAUAACAUUUUUUUUAUUUUUUUACAUAAUAAUUUUCAUUGCGCAUUUAAUUACUGCAAGUUCUAAAUGCAUUUUUUUAAUUGAAAAGUUGUGGCACUUUAAACAAAAAGUUGCAAAGAUUUGUUGUUUUACUAAAUACUCAUGAGAGACAACACAAAUCUGUGAUGCUAUCACGUGGCUAUUAUUAAAGCGUUAAUAUAAUUAAAUUAUUAUAUUUGUAUUGCAUUUAUAGGCUUAUAUAAAAUAGUUUUGUAUUAACAAGCAGUAUUUUAUGAUUUAACAAACUUACAGUAUAGUUUUUAAGCAAUUUUACUAAGCAUUGUUAUUGUCUGUGCAAAACAAAUUAUGCUAAAGAAGCGUAUACGUUCUUUGAAUUAGUCUAUACUUUUACAGUUAUACAAAUAAUUGCAGCUUAUAUAAUAUAUAUAUACAAUUAAAUGUUGUACAUAUUAUAUACUCCGCUUUUACAUACACACACUCUCGCUACAUAAGCGUCUAGUUAUUUAAGUCACUUUAUUGAUUUUAUUGCAAAAUAUUACAUAACACUUUUAUACAUAUGUAGGUGCAUACACAUUAUAUACAAGUAUACAAAUACAGUGACAUUCUUCAAUUGAUAUUAAAUAUGCGCAAAUCAUAAAAAUUAUGUAAACGUUUGUUCAUGGUAUAUAUGUAUAUAUAGUACUUACAUACAGACAUAUACUAAAGUUGUAAGCGCGCAUGAACAUUUCCAUGUUUUUUCUCCAAAUAAAGUGAUAUUUUAAAUCAAAUUAAAAAUUGCAAAAUUAAAAAAAAAAA